AUGAUGGAUACUCAAAAUUACUGGGAUGAAAGCUCCACUCACUCCAUGCAGGUGAAAUAUGAAAGUAGCUUGGAGGGAAGAUCAUGUAAAGAUGAAAUAUACAGAAUGGGAAUAGGUGCAGGAUACUGCGAAGGAAAUCUCAAUUUUACUACAGCUUCUGAAGAUGAUGAAGUUUAUACUAAAAAAAAAGUUUCAAGACAAGACCCUAUGUCGCAUAGGAUUAUUGAGAAGCGAAGAAGAGAUCGUAUGAAUAAUUGUUUAGCUGAUCUUAGUCGACUUAUACCUACUGAGUACUUGAAGAAAGGCCGAGGGCGAGUUGAAAAAACUGAAAUUAUUGAAAUGGCUAUUCGACACAUGAAAUAUCUUCAGGGCGCUCAUCAAGAUACGAAACAUCCUUCAGUAACGAACAUUCAUAAUCACCAGGAAGAUAGUGUUGACAGUGUUUCACAUUCAGCAUCUGGAUCAAUAGCCGCUGAACAUUACAGAAUGGGCUUUCAAGAAUGUCUCAGCGAAGCUGUACAUUUCCUUGUUGAAGGAGAAGGCUUUUUUGCAAGAGAUUCUUUAUGUGUACAAUUAAUCAACCAUUUGCAACAGCAUUGUGAAAAGAUUGUUGCUACAAGUGAUAGACUGGGAUUUCCUCACCCAGAAAUGCCAACAUUAAACGAUACUGGAGCUUCUAGUUUUGUUGACGCAAGUAUUCCAACACUUUGUCCACCGACGAAUCAUUCAGAUCGUGGUUCGAGCUCCGGAAUCAGCUCACUCAGUGAUUCCGAACGUCCUCAACAGAUAAUUCCUCCACCUACAAUGGCCAGCGACGAUAGCAAUCACAGCAGUCAUUCAAACAACGCAUCCUCAUCAGUUCCCAGGCCGUCAAAUUACAAAUUCAAAAGUUCAAUUAAACAAAGAUUCUCCGCGGAAAGGAUAAAAUCAUCGCCAUUAGCCCCUUCAGAAAAGUCACACGGCGUACCAAUAUUCGCUCUACAUGAAGGGGGUGCUUUUUAUAUUCCGCUGACAAUAGAUUCCGGUUUUAUUAGACCUCAAAUGUCUUAUAUAACCGAUACUGGACCUGACAUUGUGCUUCAUCCUGUAACGAUAUCUGUUAACUUCAACCAAGCAUCCAAUCCAACGUGGUCACCUCAAUACAGUCCAAGACAUCAAGAUCAUUUGUAA